AUGCUGCCGCUGCCGCCCGGGUUCCGCCGCCACCUGCAGGAGCGGCUGCCCCUGCCCCCCGCCCCGCCGCCCGUCCCCCCCGUCCCGCCCACCCCGCCCUUCGGCUUCGCCCCCCGCCGCCUCCGCCUCGGCGCCCAGCACCCGCUGCUGGAGGAUGGGGACGUCCACCGGCACCUCUACCUCCAGGGUGUCCUCAGCGGCCUGACGGAGGUGACCGAGAGACCCAAGGUCUCAGCCUUCAGCUGCCACAGCUCGGGGUGCUGCCAGGUGUUUGACACUCUGGAGGGCUAUGAGCACCACUACAACACUCAGCACAGGAACGUCUGCUCCUCCUGCCGGCGCUCCUUCCCCUCCGGCCCCCUGCUGGACAUCCACAUCUCCGAGUGGCACGACUCCCUCUUCCAGCUCCUGGCUGAGAAGCAGAACAUGUACAGGUGUUUGGUGGAAGGCUGUGCAGAGAAGUUCAAGAGCAGCAAGGAGAGGAAGGAGCACUUGGUCAGCGUUCACCUCUACCCUGCUGACUUCCGCUUCGACAGACCCAGGAGACCCAAAAGUGGCCCCCAGCACAGCAGCUCUGCCCCAGGGCAGGAGGCCGGCACGCCGAUGGAUGUGAGCACCGAGCCCUCGGAGCAGCUCCCAGGGGACCCCAUGGAAGUAGGCCCCAGCAAGGGCAGCAUGGAGCUGCCUCAGGCUGCAGCCAGCCCCUCAGUGCUGGAGAAACGACUCUAUAAAGCCAGGAUCCCAGCCACCAUCUGCUUUGGGCAGGCUGCCACCCCAGGAUUUAAAGGCCCAAGGAAGAAAGUCUGAAGUGUGAUUCAGAGCUGCCAGCAAGGGCAGCCCUUGGGACAGCACAGGGACACAGGACAGGGCUGGAACUCCCUUCUCUGUCUGCUGCUCACAGGGAAGUCUCAGUCUCUGCCAGAGCCACCAUGAGCUGGAGCCUGAGAGAUCAGCUGCUGGAGCUGAGACUGUGCAGCACUGGUUU